AUGCCUUCUCCGAUGACCAAAGCCACGCUGGCCGCGGCCGGUCUAUCCAGCGCAUCCAACAUCCUGGCGCAAUUCCUUGAAGCGUACCGAGACGGUCACCCCUUUGUUUUCGACUUCGCCAAUUUCCUCCGCUUUGUCGCCGUUACCUUCAUUACUGCUCCUCCGAAUUACAUGUGGCAGCAAUUGCUAGAACGCAGUUUUCCGGCAUAUGAACGAAAGGCAUCCAUCGGUGAUAUUGAAAAGCAAGGCAUAGACGGAGAGUAUGUGCGAGCGCGAGGAAAUAUAGAGGAACAAAGGCCUAAGCUGAACCUGCGAAACACUUUCGCCAAAUGGUUCAUCGACUGUAUCACACUCGGCGCCAUUUUUAAUACGGUCGCAUUCUUCAUACUAAUGGGUAUUCUGAAGAGCCAACCCGUAGCUCAGAUCGCGCAGAACAUCAGGACAGAGACGAUCCCCGUCAUUGUUGCUGGAUAUAAGAUCUGGCCGUUCGCUUCCAUCAUCAGCUUUAGUUGCGUGCCGGUGGAACGACGGAUCGUCUUCCUUAAUUUUGUGGGACUCUUGUGGGGGAUUUACAUGAGUCUCGUCGCCUCCAGAGUUUAG